AUGUACCAUCCCACGAGAGGCGGCGUCCGCGGCGGGCGAGAUCAAUUCAAAUGGGAUGAUGUGAAGGUUGACAAGCACCGGGAGAAUUACCUUGGUCAUAGUGUUAAGGCUCCUGUUGGUAGAUGGCAGAAAGGGAAGGACUUGUUGUGGUAUACAAGGGAUAAGCAAUCUGACUCAGAAGACGCUAUGAAGGAAGAAAUUAGGAGAGUGAAAGAGGAGGAGGAACAGGCCAUGCGCGAGGCACUUGGCUUAGCUCCCAAGCGUAGCAGUCGACCAAAGGGCAAUCGUUUAGAUAAGCAUGAAUACGCUGAGCUAAUAAAGAGGGGAUCUACCGCAGAGGAUUUGGGAGCCGGCCAUGCUGAAGCAGCACAAGUGCAAGGAUUAGGUUUAUACAAGGCUCCUCACAACGAGGAAGAACCAAGCUCUCUUAGUCCUGACCCUCCUGGAACGGAGCCUGAGCAGGUUGACUUUGCACCUGCAACGAAGCAGGAAGAUUCUGAAGGUGAUAGGAGGGGAAAAAGGCGGGGCGAAGAGAGGAGAGGGGACAGAGAAAAAGAGCGGAGGCGUGAAAAGCACUAUGAGGGAAAAGAGAGGAAGCGAGACAAGUAUGAGAGUAGACACGACUCGGAGGACAGGGAGAAGCGCCACCGCAAGGAUAAGCAGAAGAGGAGGCAUGAUUCUGAUUAA